AUGGUGCACCUUCGAUGCCACGAACUCCGCGAGCGCUCCAAGCACGACUUGAAGCAGCAGCUGGAACAGUUGAAGACGGAACUCGCGGCGCUGCGAGUCGCGAAAGUCACGGGUGGUGCGCCCGGUAAGCUUAGUAAGAUUAAGCAAGUGAGACUGGCGAUCGCGCAAACGCUCACGGUGAUGCGUCACAAGCAGUUGAACUCGUUGCGCGAGGCGUACGCGGGGGCGAAGUACACGCCGCUCGACUUGCGACAAAAGAAGACGCGCGCGAUUCGCCGCGCGUUGACCAAGUCCGAGAAGGGUGCGAAGACUGUUCGCCAGGCGAAGAAGGACGCCGCGUUCCCGAAGCGCAAGUACGCGCUCAAGGCGUAA